GCUUUUUGACUCCAGGUCGCCGAUAGCAUCGCCCUGCCUGCGAAUUUGUGAAAGGGAGACAAAGAAGAAGAAGAAGGAGGAGGAUGGGCAACGCCGAGAGCUCUUCCGAGUUUCCUUCUCGUGAGCCUGGCGAAAGCCGCCAGAGUCGGAACAAGAAAUCGGAUGAGGGAGAAGAGCAGCAGUCCUCGGCAGCGGGCACGGCGCUGAAGGUGGGUGCGGCGGUGGCAGCUGGCACCGCCCUCUUGGCGCUGGGAGCGUGGAGCGCCUCGUCGUCGUCGUCGUCGUCGUCUUCGGGCUCCGGUGAUCGCCGUGACAUAACGAUGGAGAGGUUAGACACCGGAGGCAGCCGCUGUGACAGUGGUCAUACUCAUCUCCAAGGUUCUUCCCGAUGUCCUGCCGAGCCGAGUCCCUUUUCCUAUCACCUGGGAGAUGGUAAUCGGAAUCUUUCCUCGAGAAUGAUAAAAAUCAUGAGUUAUAAUAUCUGGUUUCGUGAAGAUGCGCAAGUCCAUGGCAGGAUGCAAGCAAUUGGCCGCCUUGUACAGCAGCACUGCCCGGAUCUGAUUUUCUUUCAGGAGGUCACACCAACUAUCUAUGGAAUCUUCCAAAGCUUUGAAUGGUGGAAAGAUUAUAAUUGUUCAGUUCCACCGGAAAGGGCAACUAGAAAAUAUUUCUGCAUGAUGUUGAGCAAGUUGCCUGUAAAAAAAUUCCAAUGCGUGCCCUUUGAGAACUCCACAAUGGGAAGAGAACUCUGUUUAGCUUAUAUAGAUGUGGGGAUGGGCAAUAAACUGAUUGCUGCAACCACCCACCUUGAGAGCCCCACUCCUCCGGAAAUGAACAGUGCAGAACGUGUGGCUCAGGCUAAAGAGGCUAUCAACCUUCUCAACCAUUCUUCAAAUGUUGUGUUUGGUGGUGACAUGAACUGGGAUGAGGGCUCAGAUGGGUCUUUUCCUCAAUUUGAUGGGUGGGCUGAUGCCUGGACAGAUCUUAGACCUGGCGAAAAUGGAUGGACUUAUGAUACCAAGUCCAACCCAAUGCUGAAAGGUAACUUCCCGUUGCAGAAGAGAUUGGACCGGUUUGUAUGCAAAUUAGCAGAUUUCAGAUUGAUCGAUAUAAGUAUGAUUGGAAUGGAGGCGAUACCAGGGCUUUUGUACUACAAGAAGAGUAAGGUGCUUCCUGUUUUGCCCAGUGAUCAUUAUGCAUUGCUUUUGACCAUGCGCCUGGUGUAAUAAUGGUGGAAAGAACAAUGGUAAGUUUCAGAGGAUUUGAAGAUUCUUGAAUAUAAAGCAGGGUCGUGGUGGAUAUCCUUGUAUCUAUGGCUUGUGUUAGUAUCUGAGAUAGAAUGAGUGCAUGGUAUCUUGUUUUGGGUGAGUAGAAUGGUACUAGAGUAACAUGAUGGUUGGAACGCAUUGUAUAAACUGCUGAUUAUCUUGUCCUGUUACUAUUCUAUAUCCAUAAAUGACUUCUGUAAUGGUGGUUUGCUUUCU